AUGUCGCAAGAUACCAAACACGUCCCGUGUAAAUUCUUUCGUCAAGGGGCCUGCCAGGCAGGAAACGCCUGUCCUUUCAUGCACUCUCUCGAUCCAAUGACCCAGCAGGCGCCCUGCAAAUAUUUCAUGAAGGGGAACUGCAAGUUUGGCGCCAAAUGCGCUCUGGCCCACUAUCUGCCCGAUGGGCGACGAGUCAAUCGAGCAGACCUCGAUGCUGGCUUUGCCAUGGCAAGUCGAAAUUUCAAUUUUGCAAAUCGUUCGGAGCAAGCACCUUUCCCCAGCCAAGAUCCAAGUUUGGGGGAUCCCAUUCCCAAUCAGCCUCCUUACGGCCCAGACUACUUCCAAGGUCAAACGUUCCCAUUAAUGGACGGCGACGAGGCGGACGCAUUUCAAGAUCGGUACACCCAAUAUCAACCGCCUUCCGCCCUCGAUUCGGGCCUCAACUCGCCCCCGACCUCUCAAUUUGGCUCUCCUCCAAAUGAUUACCAAUUCCCCAAGUCGCCUGUCGAAAAUCUCCGAACCGCCCUCAAUGCGCCUCUACCACAGUCUUUCGAUUCGAACAGCGUUUCCCACAUAGCGAAAUAUGGACCUCUCGGCCAAUCUGUCCCAGAUAAGUUUGGCAUGCGAUCUCCAGCCUCUUCGUCGCUGUCGAGACAGCUUGGAAGCCCACCAGAGUCAAUUGUCAAUGUUCGAAAUGCCAAUCUCGGGUCCAAUUUGAGAAACGUCUCGCCUUUGGGUCUUUCGCCGCAAAAUGCAGAAGAGUCAAUUGGCCAGCGAAUUAUGCAUUCUCAGAGAGCUGUUAAGACGAGGGGACUGUCGGCAAGUGUUCCACGUUCACACCUGCCUUAUGAGUGGGAGGAAGGAAUGGGGGUGGAGACAGAUCUACUUCCUAAUAGCUUGCGCGACGAAGUACUUACUCCACAGGAAAAGAUGCGCCGCACGUCGAGGGCAGACCAAGAGCACAGUUCCAAGGAUCACGUCCACGCCCUGGCAAUUCCAAGUGGGACCUCUAGCAAAGUCGGAUCCCCACCGGCAGGGAGCCCUUCGAGAUUCAGUGCCUUGUGGGCCGAACAGCGAGAGAAAAAAGCUGCUGAAAGCAACGGACCAUCCAGCUUUGGCCACGUUGGUUCACCUCUUCGCGGGUCCUGGAUGCCGAACGAAUCGACCACACCAAGCGUACAGAUAUCUGGUAUAUCUCAAGCGAUGGCUCGGAUGCAGCUCAAUCGAGUUGACUCUGGGGAGUCGAAUGGAUUGAGGGUUCAGUCGAGUGGUCUGAGACAUUCGUCGGCGCCAAUUGGACGAUUUGACCGUGGGAUUUCCAGCCCGGGUCUAAGUUCUAAAAAGAUCGAUGAAGAGGUCGAAGGAGUCUUCUUCCCCAUGGACGGCGACGACAAGACACCAACCUGGUCCGGCCAGUCACCUCGACUUGUACCGCUGCGUGACAGAAGCAAUGCCGACUUGACGGGAACCAAAAAGGACAUCGCCGGUUUCGAUGAGAAUGGGUUGAAGUCAAUAUGGGCCUUUCGUUCAUGA